GCAUCGUUCAGCAAUAGUCGGCGUCCAUCAUCUCGCAUACGCUGCACGAACAUGCCUGUGACUGUUCAUCCUCCCGAUGCCGACGAUUUUCCCACCGACUUCAGCGUCGACGAUUUCAUGGGCACAUGGUAUGUGACACAUUCAACGCUACCGUUGUGGAAGAACAAGAAAGACGUGACCAUCACCUACACGCCCGCAGCCUCCAAUAAGGGAUCACCGCAGCAUCCCGUCUUUGACGAUCUCGUUGAAUAUCGCUCCCAGAACUCCUCGUCAACGAAGCCACGCUCUCGCGUCGAAGGCGUCGACACAUACAUACCCUCCUAUUCUUCAUCCUCACCGCCCACACGGUACAAAUGGCGGGGCCGGGGCUGGCUCAUGAUUGCCUCGUCCCGAUGGCAAAUUCUCGGAUACAGCCGUCUCUCAGAGAACAAAAUUGCCGGCCCAAGCACACGCGAAGGCGAAGAGCAGACCGGAGCGACAUCUCCAUCUCAGGAUCGUGACGUUGAAUGGGCACUGACCUACUUCGAAAAGACUCUUUUCACACCGGCAGGGAUGGACAUCUAUGCGCGUACACCAGAGGGUCUCCCCGAUACGCUGGUCCAAGAAAUUAUCACGCAGGCCAAAGCAGUAGGCGGCGAUAUCACUCCAUUGGCCGAGAAAUUCUUCGAGGUCCAGAGAAGCCAGCGGUGACGUUCAUCCUUGUUCAUCACCGGUGUACUUCGGAUUCCUCCAUGGGGAUAUUUCCCCAAGCCGUGGCCGUUCACGCCACAAAGUUAGUAUACCUCCCCCGCAUAGCAGUACACGGCAUGCAUUGCAA